UGAAUCGUUGAAUCAUGGUUGAGCUUAUGUCAUGUGACUGUCUCCGCCUACCUCCCUCUUCCGUCAGUGCAAUCUAUAUGUAAACAUGGAGUUAGGUGCUUCUGUGACAGAAAACAUAAUAAUUGCUGGCGACUCAGCUUUUAUACAUGACAACUCAUAUGGACAACUUGUUUCUUGUGCAUGUAAAGGAAUACUUUUUGAAGAACACCGAAACGUUAUAGAAAACAAUCCUGCUUUCAAAGAUAUAGACAAAGAUGUUUUAAAAGCUGCUUAUAGUGGUAUUGUCACUCUUGUUAUUGAAGCUGCCAAACAUGACAGCACAGCAGAAAAUUUGAGUACAUUUUUGGAAGAUUGCAAGUAUACAGUGGACAGAAUAAGCACUUUUAACAAGAUAUUUCUAUCUCAAAAAUCCCACAUACAACUUUUAUUGGGAAAAGUAGGCUCAAGUUUUCCUCACAUUGUUGAUGUGGAGUGGCGAUUAGAUUAUUAUAUUAAGAGUAAUAACUUAGAAAAGAUUGAUUCUGCUGUUUAUUUGAUAAAUUUGAAAACAGAAGAACCAGAUGAGCAAACCAUCAAAGACAUACAGUUCUCUUGUACACUAGAGCAGUUACAGGAUCUGGUUGGAAAAUUAAAAGAUGCAACAAAAUGCAUGGAGAAAAUUGCUCAAGUAUAAAAAUAAACUUGUUUGAACUACCCAGCAUGAAAAAAAAAUGGAAAUGAGAAUAACAGAUUCGGUUCUUAGUAAUUAUUAGGAAAGAACAACAAAAAAUAUUUGUGUGCAACAGGAUUAUUAAAAAUAAAAAUAUGGGAAAAUUC